AUGACGACAAAGAACCCACUCCACAUCCCCUCGGCAUUCCAGGCUGACCAACCUGACAUGACCCCCGAGGAAAAGGAGCAGCAGUACGUCCACUCGGUCUACCAGGCCAUCGCCCCCCACUUCUCUGCCACGCGCUACAAGCCCUGGCCAGUGGUGGAAGAGUUCCUUAUGACAAUGCCUUUAGGAUACGUCGGCGCAGAUGUUGGCUGCGGUAACGGGAAAUACAUUGGUGUCAACGACAAACUCUUUAUGGUUGGAUCCGACAGGAGCUCGAAUUUGAUUAGCAUUUGUGGCGAACGAGGUCAUGAGGCCAUGGUCUGCGACGGCCUUGCGCUGCCUUACCGAUCACAGUUCUUUGAUUUCGCCAUCUCGAUUGCAGUUAUCCACCACUUCAUCUCGCCUGAGCGCAGAGUAGCAGCAAUCGAGGAGAUUCUUCGAAUUGUGCGAGUCGGAGGACGCGUGCUCAUCUUUGUUUGGGCUUUGGAACAGACCGGGAAACGCGAUUUUGACAAGGAAACUCAGGAUGUUUUUGUCCCCUGGGCUUUGGCCAAGAAACCUACUGAGUUGAGGAAGUCGUCGGAACCCAAGAAGCCCAAGGCGAAUUCUAGGCCCCAAGGCGUUAAGAAAAAGGACAGGAAAAACAACAAUGGUGAUAAUGUAUCUGCAGGACAGGCGACGAUGGAGCAGGAUGAGGCAAAGGGCAAUGAGGAAAAUGCUGAUGCUGGAUCUGUCGUAACGGAUGCGCUUAACAAACUGACCGUCCAGGAGGAUCAUACGGACAGCCAAGGCAUCAGCAACAUCAAGGAAAACAGCCUACAGGAUCAAGGCUCUACUGCAGCCGACAGCCUUUCGUCAUCAUCAGCACACACGUCUACCGCCACUACCACCGCUGCAACUUCAACAACAACGUCAAAUCGGCCCAACCCCGAGGAUACACCGCCAACACCAGAAGCGGCGGCACCCGUCUAUAACCGCUACUACCAUCUGUUCCACAAGGGUGAGCUCGAGGAUCUGGUCCUUCAAACCAACAAGGCUUCGAUUGUCCAGCAGGGAUACGACCGUGAUAACUGGUGGUGUAUUCUCGAAAAGACUCGUCAUGAAUAA